AUCCUGCUACGCGAUACUGUUAAGUACCAGUUAUUACUCUCGCUUGUCAAACAAUUGUUUGAGAUCAACAUGAGAUUUGCAUCUCAAGAUUGGGUGCUUUCAUGGGCACUAUUACUUUUACUAUCAUGCACAACAUAUUCAUCAACUGCUAUGGGGAAACCUGAGAACAACAUAAAAACAGAUGUUUUUCUAUCACCAAAGUUUGAGCUUGGUCCAGGGUCAGUUGUAAACAAAGAUUACUUAGAUGUUGACUUCCCAAGAGGCCAUGUUGCGAUCAAGAGUUUCAAUGCAGAAGUAGUUGAUGAAUCAGGGAAAUCAGUAUCCCUUCAAGAAGUAUAUCUCCACCACUGGCUUGUAGUAAAAUACCACCAACCCAAAAAUGUGUCACACAAUAACUCAACAGAUAACAUUGUCCCAGUGAGGAACAGUGGCUUCUGCCAGGGUGAUACUCUUGGACAGUAUUAUGGGCUUGGAUCUGAGACAAGAGGAACUGACACUGAUGUUCCAGACCCUUUUGGUGUGGAAAUCGGAAACCCUUCAGAAAUUCCACAUGGUUACGAGGAGAAGUGGUUCAUCAAUGUGCAUGCUAUUGAUACAAGGGGUGUGGAAGAUAGAAGUGGGUGCACUGAGUGUAGGUGUGAACUUUAUAAUGUUACAAAGGAUGGAGAUGGGAAGCCUUUGAGUCCAUAUUAUAGAGGAGGGUUGGAUUGUUGCCCUGAUAAUUCCCAGUGCAGGCUGAAGAAAGGGUUCAAGGGCCCUAAGAGAAGCUUCUACCUUAAGUACACAGUGAAGUGGGUCAACUGGGACAAGUAUGUGGUGCCCCUUAAGAUUUAUAUAAUUGAUGUGACUGAUGUUUUGAAUAAGUCCAAAGGAAUGAGUCCAGAGCAUACUUGCAAGGUUGAGUAUGAGGUUGAACCUUGCAACAAAGGAUACAAUAGUAGUGCUUGCAUUGAUGUGAAGAGAACAAGCCUCCCAAUGAAAACUGGUGGUUAUGUCAUCUAUGGAGUUGGUCAUCAGCAUGCAGGUGCAAUUGGAUCAACUCUAUAUGGACAGGAUGGGAAGGUUAUCUGUUCUUCAAUAGCAAAAUAUGGAAAUGGAACAGAAGCAGGAAACGAGAAAGGGUAUGUUGUAGGAAUGUCCACAUGUUACCCUAAACCAGGUACUGUCAAAAUAAGAGAUGGUGAAACCUUAACUCUAGAGGUUAUCUACAACAGCAAUGAAAGGCACACCGGAGUGAUGGGGCUGUUCUACUUCUUGGUGGCAGAACAUCUGCCACACUAACACCACCUUUGUCAUUUAUAUCCUAAAUAAGUAAAUUCAUCUUGUAUCCGGAUACAAGAGAAUAUAUAUAUAUAAAAAAUAAAUAUUUUGUUUAGAUAUAAGUUUAAAAAUGUUAAUUGAAGAUUUUUCUUUCGAAAAAUACUUUUUAUUUUCAGUAAAAAUAAAUAAAUAAAUAAUAUUUAUAACUUGUAUUCAAAUAAACUAAUGCUCUAUAAUAUCUAUGAAUAUGAGUAAGUGAAUAUGCUAUGAAAAAAAUAAAGUCAGCACUA